AUUCUAGCUAGCAUCACACAGGUGCUUUUCCGAAGGGAUACAAUAACAACUUGUAACCUGCACGGUCUCAAACAGAGCACGGAGAAGAGCAGCGGUUGGUAGUCGAGAUCUGCCGCGUCACAGAGGAACCACACUAGAACCGGGCAGACCCAACUCAAAAUCUGUCAAACCAUCGGAGAAGUGAAUUCGAACGAGCCUUUUUUUUCAGAAGCAGCAGGGAGCCGAACCGGGGGAAAAGAUGAUACGUUUUCUGCCAUACUUCUCCGCUGAGACUUGGACCCUCCUGGCCCUCCUCAUCACCCUCAUUGUAGUGUACGGGUACUGGCCCUAUGGUGUAUUCACUAAGAUGGGUAUCCCUGGUCCCAAACCCCUACCUUACUUUGGCACAAUGAUGGAGUAUAGAAAGGGCUUCACUAACUUUGACACAGAGUGCUUUCAGAAGUACGGGAGAAUCUGGGGGAUCUAUGAUGGGAGGCAGCCUGUUCUGUGUAUCAUGGACAAAAGCAUAAUCAAGACCGUCCUGAUUAAAGAGUGUUACAACAUCUUCACCAACCGCAGGAACUUUGCAUUUCUGAAUGGGGAGAUGUUUGACGCGGUGUCCGUUGCCGAGGACGAUACAUGGAGACGGAUCCGCAGUGUCCUCUCACCUUCCUUUACCUCUGGACGACUGAAAGAGAUGUUUGGUAUCAUGAAGCAGCACUCUGCUAACCUGCUGAAUGGAAUGAAGAAGCAAGCAGAUAAAGACCAGACCAUCGAAGUGAAGGAGUUCUUUGGGCCCUACAGUAUGGAUGUGGUCACCAGCACAGCUUUCAGUGUGGACAUUGACUCUCUGAACAACCCUUCAGACCCCUUCGUCUCCAACGUCAAGAAGAUGACCAAGUUCGACCUGUUCAACCCACUGUUGCUCCUAUUCGUUUUGUUUCCCUUCAUAGGUCCUAUCUUGGAGAAGAUGAAGUUUUCUUUCUUCCCAGCUGCGGUGACAGACUUCUUUUACGCCUCGUUGGCUAAGAUCAAAUCUGGACGUGACACUGGGAACUCAACUAGUCGGGUGGAUUUCUUACAACUGAUGAUCGACUCUCAGAAAGGCAAUGACACGAAGACAGGAGGGGAACCGACUAAAGGACUGACUGAUCAUGAGAUCUUGUCUCAAGCCAUGAUCUUCAUCUUCGCCGGCUACGAGACCAGCAGCAGUACUAUGAGUUUCCUGGCCUAUAACCUGGCAACAAAUCCCCACACCAUGACCAAACUGCAGGAGGAGAUUGAUACUGUGUUCCCCAACAAGGCUCCAAUCCAGUACGAAGCUCUGAUGCAGAUGGACUAUUUGGACUGUGUGUUGAACGAGUCUCUGAGACUGUACCCCGUCAUGCUGCGACUGGAGAGGGUCGCCAAGAAGACAGUGGAGAUCAACGGCAUCGUCAUCCCCAAAGACUGCAUUGUCCUGGUUCCCACGUGGACCCUCCACCGUGACCCAGAGAUCUGGUCUGACCCUGAGGAGUUCAAACCAGAGAGGUUCAGUAAGGAGAACAAGGAGUCUAUUGAUCCGUACACGUACAUGCCAUUUGGGGCGGGGCCCAGGAACUGUAUCGGGAUGCGCUUCGCCCUGAUCAUGAUCAAACUGGCCAUGGUCGAGAUCCUCCAGAGUUUCACUUUCUCUGUCUGCGACGAGACCGAGAUCCCAUUGGAGAUGGACAAGCAGGGUUUGCUGAUGCCCAAACGACCAAUCAAACUGAGGCUGGAGUCCCGUAUCAACACCCUUAGCAAUACCACCGCCACCUCUCUGACAAGUCCAACAACAUGACCGAGACCGGGAUUGAAUGCUGGUCUCAGUCUCAUACUUGGUUUGAGUAGGACUCAGAAACCCAUUUCCACCAGAUAAAAGAGAGAUAGUAAUACUAUGGAUGCAUUAGAGGUACAUGUCUUGUUAAAGUUAGACACCAGGGGUAUUAAAUCCAUGGCAUGAUGUCAUGUCUGGAUCCUGCACACUACUGGCUGGUGGCUGGAAUUCUCCUAGAAUGUAGAACUCUAGCUGGUGUUCUCUAGAACUGUACUCUCAUUCUGUUCCUCUGGGUGUUCUGCUGUCCAGUCAUUCCAAAAUAGAAUCUUUACUGUCUGUUGAGAUGAUCCCUGCAGCUGCUUGGUUUUCACUUUAAUCAUCACAGACCAAUAAAAUCAUCACACUAAUGAA